GGGAUCUGUCAGCCGCUCCCUCUUGGCUUCGGGUCUCCGCCAGCGCCCGCGGGAGCCCGUUCGCGUCGACUGACCAGAGUCCGCGAAUCCUCCGCUCGGAGCCGAACCGAACCGCCCCGAUCUCAGCUUUCUAUUCUUUGAGAACACUAAGAACAAUGUCUCUGCAUCAGUUUUUACUAGAGCCAAUCACCUGUCAUGCCUGGAACAGGGAUCGAACCCAGAUCGCCCUUAGCCCCAAUAAUCAUGAAGUCCACAUCUAUAAGAAGAAUGGGAGCCAGUGGGUGAAAGCUCAUGAACUCAAGGAACACAACGGACAUAUCACAGGUAUAGACUGGGCCCCCAAGAGCGACCGCAUCGUCACUUGUGGGGCAGACCGCAACGCGUAUGUCUGGAGUCAAAAAGAUGGUGUGUGGAAGCCCACCCUGGUGAUCCUGAGAAUUAACCGAGCGGCCACUUUUGUGAAGUGGUCUCCACUGGAGAACAAAUUUGCCGUGGGAAGUGGAGCCCGGCUCAUCUCUGUCUGUUACUUCGAGUCUGAAAAUGACUGGUGGGUAAGCAAGCACAUUAAGAAGCCGAUCCGCUCCACGGUCCUCAGCUUGGACUGGCAUCCCAACAACGUUUUGCUGGCAGCAGGCUCAUGUGACUUCAAAUGCAGGGUGUUUUCUGCCUACAUUAAAGAAGUGGAUGAGAAGCCAGCCAGUACACCAUGGGGCAGCAAGAUGCCUUUUGGUCAGCUGAUGUCAGAGUUUGGUGGCAGCGGCAGUGGUGGCUGGGUGCACGGGGUCAGCUUCUCCGCCAGUGGGAGUCGCCUGGCCUGGGUCAGCCACGACAGCACCGUGUCCGUUGCUGAUGCCUCAAAGAGUGUGCAGGUUUCAACUCUGAAGACCGAGUUCCUGCCGCUCCUGAGUGUAUCGUUUGUCUCAGAGAACAGCGUCGUGGCUGCUGGUCAUGACUGCUGCCCCGUGCUCUUUAACUACGACGACCGUGGCUGCUUGACCUUCAUCUCCAAACUCGACAUUCCCAAACAGAGCAUCCAGCGCAACAUGUCGGCCAUGGAGCGCUUCCGUAACAUGGACAAGCGGGCCACCACUGAGGACCGCAACACAGCCUUGGAGACACUGCACCAGAACAGCAUCACUCAAGUGUCUAUCUAUGAGGUGGACAAGCAAGAUUGCCGUAAAUUCUGCACUACUGGCAUCGAUGGCGCCAUGACAAUUUGGGAUUUCAAGACCCUAGAAUCUUCCAUCCAGGGCCUUCGGAUAAUGUGAAGCUGAG